GUGAAGCUUUCCAAAAUACCAAAAUUGUCCUUUUGUUUCUUUCAAAAUCAAAACCCCAAAAAUUCAAAAAAGAAGGACAAAGUGGUAAAAAAAACAUAACUGGAAGAGAGAGCAUCAAAGCGGAAGUUGCAGGAUAAGGAAUGAGAAUUGCAAACGUGGGAUUCAAACAACCCUCCACGUUCUACGAACUACCAACCAGAUCAAAGCCGGCACCUCGAUUUCAAUUCCUAUUCUUUCACAUCCUUCCCCCUCACUCCCAACACCAUCUCCACUCCCUCUCUCGCUCUCUCUAAAAUCUAAAAUUAAAUCACGGUGUGUUUCUGACUGCAGGGAAGAGGAAUUCUCGAAAUUUAGCUUUGCGCAGGCAAAGUGUGGGCUUUGAGAGCGAGCCAAAACUAUCUAGCGAUUCGAUGGAAUCGGAGAAGGAAUUUCCAGGGUUGAACCAGAGCAUGUACUCGACUAUUGAACCUACCCUCUAGAGAAAAGCUUGACGGAGCCGAAACCGUGACCAACCGUCAUCCGCUUUCUCCCAUAACAUCAUACGCUUAUUCUCGCAACUCUCCUCGCAGUCCACACCGGAUGCCUUCGGCAUUGCGUUCGACAUCGACGGCGUCGUUUUACGAAGCGAAGCUCCCAUCGGAGGCUCUCCUCGGGCCUUCAGAAGAUUGUAAUCUCAGGAUUCCAUACGUGUUCUUGACAAAUGGAGGUAGGAUUAGUGAAUCCAAAAGAGCCCUUGAGUUAAGUUCACUUUUAGGAGUGAAGAUUUCACCUUUACAGGUUUUACAGGGCCAUGCACCUUUUAAGCAGUUACUAAACAGAUUUGAGAAUGAACUCAUUGUUCGCUUUCUGUCCAAAACUAAGUAUUUCACGCUGAAGCAGCUAAAGUUGAGUGUUUUAAUCGGUUGUAUAUAUCACCCAGUUUACCUGUUCCUACUGCUGCUCAACAGGGACGAGUUUCACAGCAGCUAGGGACAAUUAUAUAUGUGGAUGGAUGUUGGGUUGGAAGGUCUACUCAUAAAGAAGAACAAAUCUAAUGGUAGAGUGAAACUGAAAAGCAGCCAAACUUAAAUUGCAAUUUGCCAAAGAGCACGGUUGGCCCUUUGUUUUAAAAUUUUCAUACUUCUCAUUCUUAUGUACCCUUAUGUAUCGGUAACGUGUAUUCAACUUUAAAACUUUAUCCGAAACCAUUUGGUGGGUGUUUGGAAUUUUGGAAUUAGAUUUUCAAUUUGGUUUGUGAAUUGCUAACUUUAUCAACUCCUCUUGCUUAGCCUCAAUUAUUUCAGUUGGCAUUGGUUGCAGACCCAUUUGUUGAGGCUCGAA